UGGCAGAUUAAUUCGAGAUGAAGUUGUAUUUAAAGUACCAUGAUGUGGGUGAAUUACUCCAUCAUUUAUGUUUAUAUGAAUUUAGCUAAAAACAAUGAUGAAGAAUAAUAUUUUGAAUUAGGAGGAAACAAAAACUUCUUUAAUGCAAUUGAUUAAUCAUAAUAGAUAUAUGUGGAAUUCUCAGCUUCAAAAGGGAUAUUGAAUUUAAUGCCAUAUGAACUAAUUUUUCCUCCAUAUGUUGAUGCUGAUCAUAAAAUCGCAAAACCAAUAACUCUAGAAAAUAUAAUUAAAAGAGGUAUAUUGACAGAAGAGCCAUUCACUUUAAUUUUAGAGUAAAAUUGAAGUUGAAAAGGGA